GGGAAAAGCAAGACAGAGGAUGAUAGAAAGAAACCAAGAGAAGAUGACAGAAGGAAACGUUUGACUAUUGAUGAUGAGGAUGAUGAUAACCAUGGAGACAAGAGGAGGGAUAGAGAUAAAGAGAGGGAAGAGGAACGUGAAAGACGACGACAAAAAAGAGAAGAGGAAGAUAGGCGUAAACAUCAUCGUGCAGACGACAACAGAGAAAAACGACAGAGGGACGAUGAAGAUUAUGACAGGCGGCGACACAGAAAGGAUGAAGACAAUGAAAGGCGUCAUCACAGAGAUAGAGAAGAUGAUAAUAGACAUGAUAGGGAUGAUGAAAGGAGACGAGAUGGUGACAGACGACAUGAUAGACGAAAAGAGGAAGAAUCUGAUCGUAAACGACAUAAAGACCGAGAGGAUUAUGACAGAAAAAAAGAGAGACGAGACAAAGACAGAGCAAGGGAUGAUGAGGAUGACCGCAGAAAAGAUAGACGUGACAAAGACCGAACACGGGAUGAUGAGGAUGAACGUGAAAGACAAAGACGAGAACGGAGAGAAAAAAGAGAAGGAAAAGACAAAGAUAGAGACCGUGACCGAGAAAAAGAACGAAGAAAAAGGGAAGAAGAGGAGGAGGAAAGAAGACGAAGAAAACAAGAAGAAAAGGAACGAGAUGAGAAGAGAAAAGAAAGAUAUCAUUGUUGAAGGAUUAUCAUCAUAUGGGAGAAGUAGAGAUGAUAGAAAGUCCGCUAAGCCAGGUACUCGACACAAAGAUACAGGAACAAAAAGCUCCUAUAAGAAAGAAGAAGAAGAUGAUCCUUAUGCAGAUGAAGAGUUUGAGGAUUAUGAGGAGGACUUUGAGGACGAGGAAGAAGAGGAAACUAAGCCUGCCUUUACAGUUAAAACCUCAAAACAGAGGUCACCUAGAAAUUAUGAGGAAUCAAUACACAAGAGCUCUCGACCUGGAACUGUUCUGGACUAUUCAGUAAAUAUUACCAAACUAAUUAAGGCCUCCCCCUAA